AUGGAUUUUGGGAACCCCAAGCAUCUAGUGGCUGCAGCUCAGAAGAUGCGGGCUGAGUUUCUUAAGGCAGCUAAUACUGUACCUGUCUCUGUCCAUCAAGCAGCAACCCUCCGAGAUGAUCCCGUUAUUGGUCCUUUUUGGGUCAGCAAAUUCUCUCUGUCUAUUCCAACAGAUGACAAUAGCUGCGAUGCACUUCUGCAACUGGUCGAUGAGGCCAACCUACUACAGGCACAAUACGAUCGCCCGACUUCGGCACCACUUAGGUUUGAGUGGGUGGGACAUCGUAGUAAUGCCACGAAAGAUACUCCAGAGCCUCCUAUCGGAGAGAAGGAGAAGUUCGAUAAUUUGUCCGCAGAGACAAAGGGUCCAUUGACCAUAUUUUAUAUCUAUGGAGGAUCAUUUGUAUUCUCACAAGUCAACUUUUCCAUUAGUCAAAAUACACCUUCCUGUCAUCGGAAAUUGGCAGCCAAUCUAGCAAAGGAUACAGGAGCAAAGGUGCUACUUGUUGAGCAGAGAUAA